AUGAGGAGGCCUGGAACCAGCCUGCCUGAGCCUUACACUGUCCUUGAUCUUGUGUGACCCAUCUAUAUAUCUGACAGACAGGCUCACACGUCCCAGAAGUGUGAGAGAUCAUCACAGCUUAGCUGCAAGCCUGCAAGAAGCUUCUUCUUGUUUCUUUUUCUCCUCGUCGUCGUCGGCGAGAUCACGAUGAUGAUGCUGCUGCUGCGGCCGUCGGCGGCGGCGGCGGCGGCGCCGUUCGCGUACGCGAAGGUGGACAAGGUGGACGCCGAGGAGGCGCGGCACCUGCAGGCGCAGUACCUGAUCCACAAGGUGCUGGAGGGGUCGUCGGCGGCGAGGGGGAGGGGGAGGGGGAGGAGGCCGGCGGCGAGGCAGGUCGGCGUCCGGCUCAGGCGGCUCAGGCUCGCCGCCCGGAGCGUCCGGCUGCGCCUCUGCCGGGGACUGCAGAGGCACCUCCGGAGCCUGAGGCGGCUCGUCCGCGGCAGCUCGGCUCUCCAUGAUUCGUCUUCUUGCUCUUGAGCUCUCCCAUAUCGUCUUCUUCCUUUUGGCUCGUGUUCUUGAGCUCCUCAUGCAUGUCUCGAGCAGUAGCAGCAGCAACUUGUUCUUGCUGCCUGUGUUGCUCGAAGCGAUGGCUCUAAUGGCGUCCGUGCUUUGAUCAAAGAUCGGUUCUUUUUUCCUUUCGAAGAGUUGAAAGAACGGAUCUUUUGUAUGCGUUUAGGUGGACUGUAGCACGCAAAAAAUGUAAUGUAAAGAUGUUCCUGUUGUGGCAUUUUUGCCUCCUGUUUAACUCGAUCUGUACACUAAGGGAGUGUUUGAAGAGAAGGGGAUUGAGGAGAUUGGGAAGAUACGCAAAACGAGGUAAGCCAUUAGGUCAUGAUUAAUUGAGUAUUAACUAUUUUAAAUUUCAAAAAUGGAUUAAUAUGAUUUUUUAAAGCAACUUUCCUAUUGAAAUUUUUUGCAAAAAACGCACCGUUUAGUAGUUUGAAAAGCGUGCGCGCGGAAAACGAGAGACAAUCUCUCCUAUCUCCACCUAACGAACACUCCCUAAACAAAGAUGUUCCUGUUAUGGCAUUUUUGCUCCUGUUUAGCUCGUAACCAAGCUUGAAUCUUUUUGUGGUCUUGUGCUGCUGAAAGAUAUGUUUUUCUUGUUGAUCUGAUACAUGCAUGUUGAUGUAGUUUUUGAUGAAAAAAUCAAAUGCAAUGCUUCUUGA